AUGGCGACCGACACCGAGUUGCUCACGCGCGCACUCGGGGAGCACGCUGUCUCUAUGCGCCGGAGUCGCAAUGUCGGUCACAACAACACAGAGAAGAAGGCUGUCUUGAGAUGGCUGCGCUGCUUAAGUGGCGAAGAACUGGCGUCUCUGUGCUGCGUAGAAGACGUGGGGUUUGUCAAGACUCUGCUACACAUGGCGGCGCUGUCGAGAGGAACCAAGUUGCAAGAGUUUCAGGUGCUCCCUCAGACAUCCAGUACGACGACAUGGACCCAAUUGAAGCGCACUUCGACCAAUACGUUGCCAAGAACGGCUCCGAGGGAAUUUGUCAAGCGGCCAGUGGUAAAGACAGCAGAUGGCGAUGUGAUUGGCUGUUUUCGUACUCGAGAGUACGAGGAAUGCUGUUCAAAGGUGCUGAAAGGCAUGCGAGUGCUGAACACGCUGCAGUCUUGCGACACGGUGACGCUUUCGAUGGAGUUUUUUCAGUCUCCAAAGGAUGAAAAACGUGGAGCAUGUGCUGACCGUCUCUUUUAUCUAUUCGAAGUGAUAUCGUGUGGGGACUUUCUAAUGGCGUGUCCGUCGGGAGCGACGUUGAAACAUCGAAUGUGGGGCGAGACAAAGUGGCUGAAGCAACAGGGAUACUAUCCGCUGCAAGCGCUGUUCGUCAACCAAGUUGAGCUUAAUAUCUGGGCGUCAUGGAAACGAUACACGAACGAUGUGACCUCAAAAAUACCACUGCAAGGUCUCGCGGCGAAACUUUACUUGAUGCACGAAUGGGAAACAGCGAGUGUUGGCCGACGCAAUGCAAUAUUGCAAGUGCUCGGUUCGAAGAUGGUAGAGCAUCUUCGCGACCUGAGGCAGUCGACGCCGACCCAAGCGAGUGGGGCGGCGAAAUUUCAAUCUGCACGGUUUUCGUUGGAGUCCUUGAUGUGUAUACUAACUGUCCGUCAACAGUCUCUGCAGCAAGUGGAUGAACAAGCGCCGGUGAGUAGCUAUUUUGCGUGCGCAUUUGAAGACGCAGUGACUUUUCCGCAAGCGACAGUGAUAAAGCUGGUGCUUGCGGAGCAUCUCCAGGAGCAGUGCUCACUCUUGCUUUGUGAAAGGCUGUCAUACGAAGAAGAAGUGGCUGCUGCAAAAGGAGUGUCCGCUCAUGUCCUUACUAACAGUGUCGAUGUGAUGGACGAAGGCACCAAAGGCGUGAUCAAAGGUAGCAACCACUCGCAACGAAGGCGCGCAAGUCGAAAAAGAAUGCUUAAACUUCGUCGCCGGGAAGGCGAAAUCCGCCUUGCUCAGCAGACACGUUUCAGUAGCAUGCUGCGCGAGCUUUGCGGAUAUUUUCGUCAAAAACAGGUCGAAGCUGUCGCGUGCGUGGAAGAGGUAGAAUGCAAGGUAACUGACGCUACUGAGCAGCUAGUACCUGGUAUCUGGGGCAUUUCAUCGGAGUGUCUUCCCAGGAUUUCUAUUCGAUCCGGACAAAAGAGGAAAAAGAAGAAAACGAAAAAGAAAGAGGCGGAUACGAUGGAGCUUCGAAGCGACGGUCAAUCUGUGACUGCCUCUUUUCGCAGCUCUGCCAAGUUGUUGACCACACCGCACUUAUGCCAGAAAGAUGAUGAACACGAUGAUGGUAAACGCAGCGUUGCAACAACGUGCUCGUACUCCUCAUCUUCUCAGCAAGGACAGCCGCUUGUUGAUUGCAAUAAUGACGGCGAGAGUGCGCGUAACUGUAGCCCAUGCUCAAAGUUCUCUCCCGGUGCUGAGCCGACUAGGACGGUGAUGUCGUCUGUCUCGUCUGCGGUGCCGACGUUUGGCUCACAACCACUUGGCUUGUCGUCGCCAGCAGCCCCUUAUUUUCUAUCGCUGGCACCACGACACCAUCGUGCUCAAUCACCUCGGGCUUCCAGUCGAGGUAAUGAAGAUGAAACUGACAGUGACGGCGGACAAACAAGUCUGGCUGGACCGGAGAGUGCUUCUCAUGAAGCACCUAUAGCUUCUGGGACGUCAACUUUUGAGUGGUAUAUGCCAUUCCAGGCCACUGCGCAACGAACUGAUUCCCCAACGCCUGCUCUCGACUGGCAUUUUAAUCAUUGGCAAUUCAAGACUUCGGAGGAGGAUAUGUCAGAUAAGGGGGUAUCGUCUUGUACGGAAGAAGGUGCCGAUCAUUUACCACCUUUGCCGUCGUCAAUAUCGCCGGCUGCAUCUUGCUUGAUGAACGCAAAGAUAUCGGGAUUAACGAAAAAGUAUUCGUUGGCAUCAUUUUCUCAGAUAGCUGGGAUAGAGUCAAGCCGACGAGAAUCUGCUCAUGCGGUAAAUGGCAAACAUGGUUUAACAGCCAUAUCGAUGCGAGAAAAUGAAGAUGGGACCUUAGUCAGCGUGGACAGUGAUGACAAGUCCGACUUUUUAUAUCGUGAAGGAGGUUUCUUCGACCGCCAGCGCGCGCUAAAACGUCCACGACGCCUCUGGCCAUUCGACUAUACUCACGAAGACGAUGAAGUGGAUAUUGGUGAUGAGCGUGAUUCUCGAAAAGAGGGGCGCUUGCAUUUGGACCGGAGCUCAAAGCAGUGCUUUGGUGUAUCGACAGCAGCUCGAAAUAGCGAUGCGUGGACAGAGUGUAUCCACUGCUGUAUAUGUAAAUGUCACCGCGCGAGUAGCUCUCAAAUUGAGGGCGCGUUAGAUCGCGAAGCCGACUGCAGCCACGUCACGGGAUCCAAUGGUUCUGCACUUCAAAAUGCCCCCGCACCUCCCAGCCUUUCGAUGGAGGCCACCGAAGAUGAUUUAGUGGUCAAAGUAACGAUGGCGUUAGAGCGGAUCAGUACACUGGAAGAAAAGCUGGCUGAGAAAACAAAGGUCAUGGACGAGCAAGCUGCUAGUGCAUCUUCUGAAAUCAACACGCUGAGCCGUGCUGUGGCAACACUGACUGCUCAGCUCCACAACGUCGAGAACGAAAUCCAAGAAGUGCAACUUCAGCGUGCUGUCCCGGCUAACACUGGUGAAAUGGACGACAUCACCCUGGGUAACGCAAGCACUUGUAGCUCGCCGCCAACUCCAUUUUCUCCGGCCCCAUCCUCGCUUAACCAAGAAGUCGAUAGCCCAUCCGCUGCUGCGCCUACCUUUCCAGAAGUAUACCCUCCGACACACUCGGCAUUGGGACCAUUCGUAUCGGUACCAUUGUCCGUGCUUCCUCCACGUAGUAAACUCCACUGGGAUCUGUGCGAAUUCGCAGCACAGCUUCAGGCUGACAGUGAUUCCCGUCUCCCUGCUCAGCUAGCUGCUCAUCAGUUGUGUACGGCGACAGUGCAAUCGCUUUGGCCCCGUGCCCAGGUACGACCAUACGGUUCACACGUAACGCGGCUUGUACUUCCAUCAAGCGACGUUGAUCUCGUAAUUUGCUUGCCGAAGGUGCGUCGUGAUGCACCGGCUGAUGCAGCUGGUAUGCUCGAAGGUAGAAAUGCGAUCAAAGAGACAUGGCAACAAAAUCUCGCGCGCAAGCUGAAGCAGGAGCCUUGGGUUGUAUCUGACUCAGUGAAAACGCUACCCCAUGCUGCUGUCCCAAUUAUCACGCUUCUCACUGCCCCGCCAUACAAUGUGAGGCUCGACAUUUCGUUCGAAGGCCCGGGUCACAAUGGCUUGGCUACUAAUGACGUUGUCCGUGCGCUGCUUCAUGAGUUCCCGCCAUUGGCACCGAUGAUGCUCAUUCUGAAGAGUUUUGCGAUCGAGCGAGGUUUGGCGGUAGCUUAUUCGGGCGGGCUAUCGUCGUACGCGCUACUGUUGCUUGUAGCGCGUUACCUGCAGGAACAUAGCGACACCAUGCCCAAUGGUUUCGCAAAUGCUUCUCGAGCUGUCCAGCACAGCCUGUCAACGGCACAGGCGGGUGUAGCUGAUUUCGGUCUGAUGCUCAUGGGCUUUUUGGACUUCUACGGCAACCGUUUUGACCCACGCACUACAGGAAUAAGCGUGGCCUCGCGCUGCUUUCUAAAUCGUGAGAGCGGCUUUAUGGCUGGGACGGGAGCUUCAGGAAUGGGUGAUCUUCAUCAAGUUCCGCAUCCGUAUCAGCAGCAAUACGCCGCUGACGAUGCUGCCGUAGACGACCGCACGAGCCAAUAUGGCUAUUGUCAACAUUGGCAAGUACCCGCGCAGCCUCAUGUGCAAACGUUUUUACCAAAUUCUGAGGGAGUUCCUGCUCAUGGCUUUCGACGGUACGGUUACCGUUCGUCACUGGACCUACCAGCAUCCCAGGCGUUGAAUGAAAUGGGCACCGUGACAGGUCUCUCGGACUACCAGCAGCUGCAGCAGCAGACGCAUGACCCGCACAAAUUCGAUCCGGUGUUUAUUGAAGAUCCACUGUGUCCGACCAACAACGUGGGAAGAAACUGUUUUCGUAUCAUGCAGAUCCGCCGCGCAUUCUCAGCAGCUCAUCUUGCACUACUUGCGGCAUCGCGAGACCCUACGGUGUUUGUAGAUAACCGGAUUGAUUUAGUAGCUGGUGUUGCGCUCCACCCAGACAACGUGUUACGCGCCAUCUUGGGCGCUGGUGCUCCUGUAAAAGCGAAGCCGGAUGCUGCAAUGUCUGCGACAGUCGGAGUCACUGCGUACAUGGGUGCGGAGCACCCGUACGGGUUUCACUCUUACAAUCAGCAGCAAGUACACCAGCAACAACAGUAUGCUUACCACCACCAUCAUCGCCGACCACCGCAACAGUUACAUCUCCACCAUGUUGGCAUUCUGCCGCCGCGUAACGUGAGCACGUGCCGUAAUGAGCCAGCAUCGCGCAGGCACAGCGAGAGUGAGAGUGAAAAAUUGACGACGCGUUCAGCGACUUCGACGACAAGUCGUAACGACCGCACACAGAAGAGGCACAUGGGUAGUCCACAACUUACUCCUCAGCGCCAAAGCGAUGAAAACCCUCCACAAGAGCAAGUGCGCUUGCUUCGUCAAGCCUCUACGGAGCCCGGUCAAUCUCAAAAGCUGUCGUCUUUGCAUUGCCAACAGAUUGCCAAGAGGUUCAGCCGUAAGAAUAGUGAACGCUCCAUGAGCUUGUCCUUGAGCUUUGCAGAUGUCGUGCGCGAUGGUGGGGGAACAAAUGGUGUAAGUGUGACCGUGCCAAAGGCCUCACGUCCAGCGGUUGCCCGACAUUCACGGUUCUCGCGCGACGACAUGGCACUGGAGGAAAGUAUCAACGAGCGAUGGGAAACCAAAGUUGACUCAGAAAUAAAGUGA